AAUAAAUGUAAUUAAGAAGCGACGAGAAUUGAAACAGAUCUAAUCACCGACUCUCCUCUCGUCUUCUCCUCUUGCUCUCGCAUCCACCCUUCUCGGGUAAUGCUACCGCCCCCUCACCGUGAACUGAUCCGAUCCCGAUCCGAGAUUUUGAAAUGUUGACGAAGUUCGAGACGAAGAGUAACAGAGUUAAGGGCCUCACCUUCCACCCUAAGCGACCAUGGAUCCUCGCCAGUUUGCACAGUGGUGUGAUCCAGCUCUGGGAUUAUCGUAUGGGUACUCUGAUCGAUCGGUUCGACGAGCACGAAGGUCCGGUUCGUGGUGUUCAUUUUCACAAUUCUCAGCCUCUCUUCGUCUCCGGAGGUGAUGAUUACAAGAUUAAAGUUUGGAACCACAAAACACACAGGUGCCUCUUCACCCUUCUCGGCCAUCUCGACUAUAUCCGCACUGUCCAAUUUCACCACGAGAACCCGUGGAUUGUGAGUGCUAGUGACGAUCAGACUAUCCGCAUAUGGAACUGGCAGUCACGGACUUGUAUCUCUGUGUUGACUGGCCACAAUCAUUAUGUCAUGUGUGCUUCUUUCCAUCCUAAAGAAGACCUGGUCGUGUCAGCAUCUUUGGAUCAGACUGUCCGUGUCUGGGAUAUUGGUUCUCUUAAGAAGAAGACAGUAUCUCCUGCUGAUGACCUCAUGCGAUUUACGCAGAUGAACUCUGAUCUUUUUGGUGGUGUUGACGCUAUUGUUAAGUAUGUCCUCGAAGGUCAUGAUAGAGGAGUAAACUGGGCUUCUUUUCAUCCCACUCUUCCUCUCAUCGUCUCUGGUGCAGAUGACCGCCAAGUGAAGCUGUGGCGUAUGAAUGAAACCUUCAAUGGUGUCUUCAUCUACACAACUUUGAACCAUAUCAAGUAUUGUCUUCCUAAUGGAGAUAGCGGGAUCAUCCGAACCCUGGAUGUGCCUAUCUAUAUCACCAAGGUUUCUGGAAACACAAUCUUUUGCUUGGACCGGGAUGGGAAAAACAGGGCCAUCACCAUCAAUGCAACUGAAUACAUUUUCAAGCUUGCACUGCUGAGAAAGAGAUAUGAUCAUGUCAUGAGCAUGAUAAAGAACUCCCAGCUCUGUGGACAGGCUAUGAUUGCUUACCUGCAGCAGAAAGGAUUCCCUGAAGUUGCCCUCCAUUUUGUUGAAGACGAGAGAGUCCGUUUCAACCUGGCUCUUGAAAGUGGCAACAUUAGCGUCGCUGUUGCAUCCGCUACAGAGAUAAAUGAGAAAGAGCAGUGGUAUAGACUUGGGGUGGAGGCUCUUCGCCAAGGUAAUGCUGGAAUUGUUGAAUUUGCGUACCAGCAAACGAAGAACUUUGAGAGGUUAUCUUUUCUUUACCUCAUUACUGGUAAGUUGGACAAGCUUUCAAAGUUGAUGAAGAUUGCAGAAGUGAAGAACAACGUGAUGGGUCAGUUUCACAAUGCUCUCUACCUAGGAGAUGUUAAAGAGCGUGUCAAGAUACUUGAGAAUGCUGGUCAUUUACCUCUCGCUUAUAUCACUGCAUCGGUUCAUGGUUUAAAGGACGUUGCUGAGAGACUGGCGACUGAGCUAGGAGAGAACGUGCCUUCAUUGCCUGAAGGGAAAACUCCAUCGCUUCUAAUGCCACCAUCUCCUGUCAUGUGUGGUGGUGAUUGGCCUCUUCUAAGAGUGAUGAAGGGAAUAUUUGAAGGCGGACUUGAGAGUGCAGCCAGAGGAGGGGCUGUUGAUGAAGAUGAAGAAGAUGCUGGUGGUGAUUGGGGUGAGGGACUUGACAUGGUCGAUGUUGAUGGAAUGGAGAACAGAGACAUCGAAGCCAUUUUGGCGGAAGCUGAAGGAGCGGAAGAAGAUAAUGAUGAAGAAGGUGGAUGGGGUGAACUUGAGGGCUUGGACCUCCCACCAGAGCUUGACACUCCUAAGGCCUCUGCUAACGCACGUUCAUCCGUCUUCGUGACACCUACUCAAGGUAUGCCCGUAAGUCAUAUUUGGAGCCAGAAGUCAUCCCUUGCAGCUGAGCAAGCUGCAGCAGGAAGCUUCGACACUGCAAUGCGUCUGCUCAACAGACAGCUUGGCAUAAGGAACUUUGCCCCUUUGAAAUCGAUGUUUAUUGAUUUGUUCAGUGGCAGCCAUAGCUACCUGCGUGCUUUUUCUUCAUCUCCUGUGGUUCCACUUGCCAUUGAACGUGGAUGGAGCGAGUCAAACAGUCCCAACGUCCGUGGCCCACCAGCUCUUGUUUAUGAUUUCUCUCAGCAAGAAGAGAAGCUCAAGUCCGGCUACAAAGCCACAACAAGUGGGAAAUUGACUGAGGCUCUUCGGCUCUUCCUCUCUAUCCUCCACACCAUCCCUCUAGUGGUGGUCGAGUCAAGAAGCGAAGUCGAUGAGGUUAAGGAACUGGUUAUUAUCGUUAAAGAGUAUGUCCUCGGUCUUAAAAUGGAGCUUAAGAGAAGAGAGACGAAAGAUGAUCCAGUGAGGCAGCAGGAGCUCGCUGCUUACUUCACACACUGCAACCUCCAACUACCUCACUUACGUCUUGCGCUGUUUAGUGCGAUGGGGGUCUGCUACAAGUCAAAGAACCUCGCCACUGCCUAUAACUUCGCCAAAAGAUUGUUGGAAACAAACCCAGUGGAGAGCCAGGCGAAGACUGCUAGACAAAUUGCUCAAGCCGCUGAACGCAAUAUGACUGAUACAACCGAGCUCAACUACGACUUCAGAAACCCGUUUGUGAUAUGCGGGUCAACCUAUGUCCCAAUCUACAGAGGUCAGAAAGACGUUUCAUGUCCAUACUGCACGGCCAGGUUUGUACCGAGCCAGGAAGGAAACAUAUGCGGGGUCUGUGAUCUUGCAGUCAUUGGCGCAGACGCAUCUGGUUUGAUAUGCUCUCCGUCUCAGGUCCGGUGAUCAAUUCAUCUUCUUCAAACGUGAGGUUCCGUUAAUCUUUUUGAGUCUUUCAAGUUGUUUCUUAUCUUUAGUGACAACGCAUGAGAGAACUUUAGCUUCUUGCUCUAUAAUUUGUUUUGUUUGGUUUUAUAUUUACAUUCUCCAGAACAUUUCAAUUACGUUUCUUUGGAUUUUAAAACUCGAUCACUAUGAUGAUAGAAUAAUAAUAUAGACGAAUUUUGCUGA